AUGACUACUGUCUGGCGCUUUUGUCGCGUUCUGCUGGACCGAAAAUCCACGAGGGGCAAGAAAACGCUGCUGUUGGGAGUUCUUCUGAUGGCUGCUUUCGUCUAUAAGGCUUGUCAUGAUCAGAUGGGACCUGCGGCGACAGAAGACGUGGACAUGUCUUGGGCAGAGAAGGAAAAAUGUCCGGCGUGUUUUGGGGACACCUAUGAGCUUCUACAUCGGGGUAACUUCGCGACAGUGCGCCCGGAGUCAGGCAGGAGUUGGAAGAAAGGAAUAGUUUCCACAGGGAAGAUUGGAGACGUUCAGGUGAUCGCUAAAACCCUGAGCGAUGCGGUGGGGUGGAAGAGAUAUGAGAAGUUUAUUUGCCGAUCUUCGGCACGUCCCAAGGAAUGUAACCCUUCAUCUUUUAUCAUAGAGACCACGUUGGUGACCGACGUUGCUCUGAAGAUCCCCUUUUUGCGAGGAAGCUGGAGAAUUUCGCGCCCGGAAAAGUCAGUUUUGCCGGUUUGUCUAUCUGAUAGGUUUCUGAAAGAAGUGAAAAAGUUGUACGUCGGAAAAGAAACUACAGAAAUGACCAACGAUGAUCUCAUCGGGCGUGCGUUUCUCUCUACCUCUCUUCUCAUCAACGAAGAGGCGGUCUUGCUGCGCUAUUUUACAACAAAGUCCCCAACGCCUUGGCCCUUUCCGAAGUUCUAUGGUGCUUGCGGGAGAGUUAUUGUGGUGGAACACGCAGGGAGGAUGCUGGACACUUUCAUAGAAUCCCCCUGGAAAGUUCGAGCUGACAUCGCAGUACAGUUGUUGCAGCUAGUGGAUACGCUUCGCCAAAAGGACCCGGACUGGAUUCUGUUUUCCCUGGAUGUGACUUUCCAAAACUUUGCAGUCGACAUCCGCGGUCGUGUUCGGCUGAUCGAUUUUGAUGACGUUCUGGUGAUUGACAGGCAAACAGUUGUCAAUCAUCAAGAAGAGGAUGGGACCUGCAACGAGCCGUGUUACAUGGACUUCCAGAAGAAACUAUUCUUCAGCGACCAGUACCAAUGUGAGGACAUUCUCAAGUACACACCAAUGAUGUAUGCCAACGUAUGUGCUCGAAUUUUGUCCGACUUGCAAAAACAUCCAGAGUGGCGGAAAUGGGGACAAAUAAAGGAAUACAUAGAUGGGCAAAAUGUAAAAUGGGCCCCCACGGACAAAGGUCUACUGCACGACGCCCCUGAUGAAAUAAGGGGGCCGCUAGAGGGCGCACUUGGACAAUGUGUUGAGGAGACUCAUCCUGGAGGUCGACUGAACGCAGUCAUGACGUUACAGAAGAUCUUGCGAAUGACUUUUUAG